GGAAGAUUUCGGACAGAUCACAUCCGGUGUAGAUCUUUCCCAUGUUUUGGCUCUGUUGCUUCUCAGUUUAGUUUCUACUUAAGUCUUUACCAGUUUCUUUAGUUAUUUCCAGCAGUCAUGUCUCGGGGAUCUAGUGCAGGGUUUGAUCGCCAUAUCACCAUCUUCUCUCCAGAAGGAAGACUCUACCAAGUCGAGUAUGCCUUCAAAGCCAUCAACCAGGGAGGACUGACCUCCGUAGCUAUCAGAGGGAAGGACUGUGUUGUGGUCGUCACACAAAAGAAAGUCCCAGACAAGCUGUUGGAUUCCCUGACAGUCACACAUAUGUACAGAAUUACAGAGAACAUUGGUUGUGUUAUGACCGGCAUGACUGCUGACAGCAGGUCUCAGGUGCAGAGGGCACGGUAUGAAGCAGCUAACUGGAUGUAUAAGUACGGCUAUGAGAUCCCUGUGGAUAUGUUGUGCAAACGCAUGGCGGACAUCUCCCAAGUCUACACACAGAACGCUGAGAUGAGGCCGCUAGGCUGCUGUAUGAUAGUGGUGGGACUGGAUGAAGAGUUGGGUCCGCAGCUGUAUAAGUGUGAUCCAGCCGGUUACUACUGUGGCUUUAAGGCCACAGCAGCUGGAGUCAAACAGACUGAGGCCACCAGCUACCUCGAGAAGAAAGUCAAGAAGAAACUGGAUUGGACCUAUCAGCAGACCAUAGAGACGGCUAUCUCAUGUAUGGCAACCGUUCUGUCCAUCGACUUCAAGCCCUCGGAGCUGGAGGUGGGAAUUAUCACUACAAAAGAAUCCGGAUUCAAGAUUCUGUCAGAGUCUGAGAUCGAUGUCCACCUGGUGGCUUUGUCUGAGAGGGAGUGAGGAGAGUUGGCCGCCAUUGUUGCUGACUCUGAAAAAGGAACCGCAACACCAGAAAACCCCCUCCUCCUCCUCCUCCUCCUCCUGCACAAAGUUCUCAUCCACAAGGAAGAUAAAGGAGGAGUUGGUAUCCUCUUGUUCCCAAAAGGUGGAGGUUGAGACAAACAAAAAAGAUGAACAGUUAUUACCAGGUGGGUAGAACAUGUUACCCAUCUGCACCUCCCCCUCCUCCAUCCUCUCUGGUUGUACCAGGACCUGACUGGACACAAUAUUCUCCACAUGUCGACCCCCCCCCCCUGCCUUUUCCUUCGAACCACACUGACACAUCCUCACUGCAGGCCGCUGCCAAAUGUCACAGAGCCUGGAAAGAUGCUGAACAUCAGUCCCACCAUAUGACACAUCAGUCUAUAGCUCCUCCUUUCUCUGGAUGGAGGCCAAAUGACUUCAGUUGAUGAGUGUGACAUGAGCAGAUUGGAAAGAUGAGGGUGUGGUAACCCCACCACCACAACGACAGCACAAUUACCUCUUAAUACCUCUCACUAUUAUGAUCCUUUAGCUUCUUGAGUCGCUGUAUUUCAACAGUGCUUCCGAUCUUUACUCAGGGCUGCCACAACAUUUUAUGAAUCUGAUUUAAAGUGUCCCCUCUCUCCACUGUCUGUAGUUCCAGGAUGAUGUUUAUGCUCUGAUGUACUCUGCUGUGGGAAUUCUCCCAUUUACGACGGUCAUUACUGUCACACCCUUGUUUAGGUCUGCUCAGGUCAACGUCAACACAAAGUCGCAAACUAUUGACUUCUCUCCACUUGUGUCUCGAUCCCCCUCCCCUCUGCUGCCAUUGUUGUACAUUGCACUUCUAAUAAACACAAUGUUUUUAUCGAA